GCAGGGCAGGGAGAGAAGUAAUCGUUCCUAUACCACAAGCCUGUGUUCCUCUCACUGGAUGUGUGAGCUGUACAAUACCCUUGAGGCUGUCACAGACAAAAACAGAGGGGAGAGAGAGAAAAACAGAGAGAGAGAAAAACAGAGAGAGGGAGGGCGACAGAGGAGAGGGCAGGAAAUAGACCUUGAAGAGAAACAGAGACUCACACACACACCCACACGGAGGACUGAAGAGGACCGUAAUUCUCCAAGUCUCUACUCUACGCUCAGGACAAAGCAACACGCGGUUGAACUUUAGAGCUUCUCCUGUGACACCAGCACAGAUACACCGUCAACUGCUAUAAACCUUUACUACGGGAGAACUAGGAUGGAAAGCCUGGAUCAUUUUCAAACAAAGAGGACAAAGGAGGAUCGUGGAUUCUAUUGAUAAACAUUUUUACAAGAAAAGAGGGGAAAGGGUUACUAUAAAGAACUCUCCACAAGUGAAUUAUUAUAUUUUAUUAAACCCUUCUUCUCUGCGAGGACUUGACUGGAGAACGGUUACACCAGUUAUUCUGAGCGCAGUAUAAAAAAAAAAAAAAGGAUUAUUUUUUUGUGACUGACUGAGUGGCUGGCUGCUAUCUGAGUAAGUACAGCUCUCUGUCUCGGCCAGUUAGUCCUGCAGCCUCGGGGCCGGAGUCCUGCCGGCAGGGGUUAAGGGGCAGGGGGAGGAUAGGAGGAAGCUGCAGCUUGGAUCCCCAGUACUUGGGGAAGGAAGGGGGUCCUCUUCCAACAACACCGUCACCAACAUGUCAACAAAAUGGGGUAGGAAACAUAGUGAUCAUGGCGAUUUUGGAAUGAAAGCCUUGGUGUUUUAACGGUUGUUCAAGAGUUUUACACUGUGACAGUUUAGAGGCAUUUUGUGUUCUGCCUUUGUGUUGUGCCUCGCUGGGCAUUCAUGGUGGAUUGGGACCAAGAAUUGAGGGAAAUACUUUCAUUGUAUAUAGUUGUUACACAACCCACCGACACCUCUCACUGGUCCCUUGUUUCCUCGACAACAUGAACAAUACCACCCUGCUCCCACUGGCCAUGUCGACAGACAACUUCACCCUGAUGAACUACGGUCUCGGAGGGAUUAUCAGGUCAACCAUCACCCCUUUGCCACACCACAACUCCUCCGUUCCCUCAGACAAUUCCAACUGCACCAAGAACGACGGCUUUAAGUAUCCUCUCUACAGCACCGUGUUCAGCCUGGUGUUCAUUAUAGGUUUGAUCACUAACAUGGCAGCCAUGUAUAUAUUCACCUGUUCUCUCAAGUUGAGGAACGAGACGACGACCUACAUGAUCAACCUAGUGGUGUCAGACCUUCUCUUCGUCUUCACACUGCCUCUCAGGGUUUUCUACUUCCUCAACCAGGACUGGCCGUUCGGCGGGGUACUCUGCAAGCUCUCUGUGUCAUUAUUUUAUACCAACAUGUACGGGAGUAUUCUAUUCCUCACCUGUAUCAGUGUGGAUCGGUUCCUGGCCAUCGUUCACCCGCUCAGGUCACGGGCGUUGAGGACAAAGAGGAACGCUAAAAUGGUGUGCGUGGCGGUCUGGGUGCUGGUGUUGGCGGGGAGUCUACCAACAGGUUUUAAACUGGAGACCACGUCACCACAACACAACCACUCCACCGCACGGUUCUGUUUCGAGAACUUCUCGUCCACGCAGUGGAAGUCUCACCUCUCCAAGAUGGUCAUCUUCAUCGAGACGGUGGGUUUCCUGAUCCCCCUGCUCCUCAACGUGGUAUGUUCCGUCAUGGUUCUCCAGACCCUGAGGAGACCUCAGACCAUCAGCCGUGGGGGGAAACUCAACAAAACCAAGAUCCUUCGAAUGAUCGUGGUUCAUCUCUUCAUCUUUUGCUUUUGUUUCAUCCCUUAUAACGUCAACCUAGUCUUCUAUGCCUUGGUUCGCACUGGAAACCUGAAGGGCUGCGUUGCAGAGACCGUAGUCCGAACUAUCUAUCCUAUCGCUCUCUGUAUCGCUGUGUCUAACUGCUGCUUCGACCCGAUCAUCUACUACUUUACCUCGGAGACCAUCCAGAACUCUAUCAAGAGGAAAUCCACCAUCAGCCAGGCGUACGACAUUAAGUUCUCUGAGGCACUGCAGAGUGAGACCAGCUCCAACUUCCACUGCAGCCUGAGGACACUGAAAAACAAGGUGUUUAACAACACGGAGUCUUCUGUGUGACACUGGGGGGUGUGGAGGGACUGACUGGCUGGCUGGUUGACUGGUUAACUGACUGGCUGGCUGGUUGACUGGUUAACUGACUGGCUGGCUGUAUGGCAGGCCUACUGGCUGACUGGAUGGCUGGUUGACUGGUUAACUGACUGGCUGGCUGUAUGGCAGGCUUACUGGCUGACUGGAUGGCUGGUUGGCUGGUUAACUGACUGGCUGGCUUNNUGGCAGGCUUACUGGCUAAAUAGAUGGCUGGUUGACUGGUUAACUGACUGGAUGGCUGGUUGGCUGGUUAACUGACUGGCUGGCUUAAUGGCAGGCUUACUGGCUGAUUGGAUGGCUGGUUGACUGGUUAACUGACUGACUGGCUUAAUGGCAGGCUUACUGGCUGACUGGAUGGCUGGUUGACUGGUUAACUGACUGGCUGGCUGGUUGACUGGUUAACUGACUGUCUGGCUGAAUGGAUGGCUGGUUGACUGGUUAACUGACUGUCUGGCUGAAUGGCAGGCUUACUGGCUGACUGGAUGGCUGGUUGGCUGGCUGGUUGUCUGUCUGUCUGGCUACACCACACAAUAGGGAUGUAGAGACUGACUGGCUGGUUGCUAGCAGUAGCACCCAGGGUCUCUAAAUGGUUCUAUCUAUCUGUAGUUCUGGACUUAAGACUUGUGAAUUUAAUUGAUAAAUACAAAUACACAUACAGACAUUACACACACAAUGGAUUAACAUCAAGCACAAUGGAUUAUCAGCAAGCCUCUGGGAGACGUUGGAGACAUUGGACUUUGAGGAGGACUGCUGAGGCAUCAGCAAGGAAUAGAGGACAUACUUAUAGGAUUUCAGUGUUUAUCUCAGGGCUGCAACAUGGACCAAGCCCCUGUGACUGUCCAUGCCAUAUCUACCAGACAGUCUACCCUACAGUAUACAGUUUGUCUUAUUUGAUCCCCUGUUAGUUAAUAUGUUAAUUUAAUAUGUAUAACUAACUAACAUCCCCUUGUGGAAUUACAACUGUUUUUGCACAAUAAUUGUGCCAGAAAGAAGUUAUUAAACUUCUGAAAAAUAUGAAUUGGAAUGGAUUGUGAUCACUGGACAGAGAGAGAGAGACCGAGACAGAGAGAGAGACAGAGACCAGAGAGAGAGCAGAGAGAGAGAAC